ACGUGUACACAGCCAUUCCCCAGUGUGCGGCUAGCUACGUUUGAGCGUCCACGUUCGUUUAAAUAAUGCCAUUAAUGAAGAAGUUAAUAGAAAAAGUAAGGCUCAAUCCCUGUUUAUGGGAUAAGGCCCAUAAUUCUAUUAAAGACACCGUUAAAAAGGAUGUGAUUUGGGAUCGCGUAGCCUUCGAAUGCGGCUUGGAUAAUGGUGCUUUAGCGAGACGCCAUUUUAGAAAGUUACGGGACUGUCAUAGAGAUGCCAGGCGACGCCGGAAGUAUGCUAGAGGGCCGGCAAUGCUGAAACCAUGGAAAUAUGAAGCAGAGAUGGCGUUCUUACUGUCACCAUACGAGUCACAAAAUACACCAAAUACUUCCAUGUACACAGAGGAAGUAGAAAAUAAACAUGAUCAUAUUUUUACGACCACUGACAAUAUUGAUACAGAACCAUCAUCUCCAUUAUUAGAACAACACAAAACGACAGACGCCGAAAACAUGAAGAGAAAGAGACUUGAUGAAACUGUUACUGAGGUAUCACAAGAAAGAAGAGAGCAACGACAAUUCCAAAGAGACGAAUAUCGUCGUUCACAAGACGCACUAGCAACCCUAUUCGAGAGCUUAUAUCAGAAGACGCGAGAAUUGCCGAAAUAUUUGCAAUUAAGAGUGCAGAGGGAGAUUUUUGAGUCAGUGACUCGUGCUGAGGAGGAAGUUUUGGAACUCAGCUAACCUCAGAUGUGAAGGCUGAAUAGGCUCGAAAGCUAAAAUGAUAGUCUGCUGGCAUGACGUGAUUCACAAUCCGGGAAGAGAAAAUUACACUCUAAAGUCCUACUUGCAAAACCCUAGGUCUAUGGUUUUUGCAUAUAAUUGCUUAGUUCAAAGUAAGCGUUCUACCAACUGGGCUACCACGGCUGGGCUAAAUGUCCAUUCAUUUACACGUGGCCACGAUAUUGAUAUUUUCAAACUUUGGAUUUGAUGAUACGGAUUAUUUAAUUUACUAAUAAUUAAAAAUACCUCCAUAAGUUAAUUAUAUUGUAUUAAAGAUAAAAAGUUC